AUGUACUUGACACCCAUCAGAGUCCGCGGCAAGCGGCGCCGCCCGGGAGAGCCCUCUGCCAUUCAUCUGCCUAAGCGUCCCAAGACAAAGACCCAAAAGAAACACAGAAAGCCCCGCGCCAUGAGAGCCUCAUAUUUCGAAAGGGAGGUCCCGCUUGAGGUUCUCGAGCGCAUCUUCUGGUUUAGCGAAAAUGUCAACCUCCCGCGAUGUAGCCCUCGGUUCGGACGGCUACUUUCAGGGCCGUCUACUCUACGCGAGACCUUCAUCGCUGCCUUUGGCCCAACAUGGGACGUUUGGUACGGGUGUGUUCAAGACACCAAACGGAAUGCUCGCACUGUCCAUAGCUACACUGGCUGGGAUCACGAUUCUGAUCGAUUUGGCGGCAACCCAGUAUUCCAGUCUGCACUCUUGGAAUACCCAUGGGCCAACAUUUCCUUCAUACUCGAUUGCUUCGAUCUUUGGGUUCGACGGCAUGCUAGAGACAGGCCAUUUGAGCACAUCAAGAUCUGGGGCAAUUCCGAAUCAGCCGACGAUGGUGCUACGGCAGAGAGUUCCGACGGAACAAGCAAGGUCAGAGAGGCCAAGUACUAUUUCUUGCACGACUACCAUGCCUUUCGCCAGGUGGAGGAACAUGAGACAUCGGCAACCGCCGCCGCUUAUCUCCAAGAGCUGGCCCCGGCGAGUUGGAUUGAAGUCCACAGAGAUACUCGAAUACCGGACGAUCUAUUGACAGGCCCUUGGAACGACGAAGCACUUCAAAAACUAUUCUGGCUCGUUCGCGCUGGAGCUCGGUUAUCACCUGAGCAGACUUGGGAAAUCACUCAAGAAGGAUUCCAAAAUGCAGUGUCAGAUACAAAGCCUCCGACUGGCAACCUCAACUUGACUGUUAUUCGGCUGCUGGAUAUAUUGGGUGCCUUCAAGACUUGGCCAAUCCACAUCGGGGUCGAGGAGUAUGAAAAGUUGGCUCGUAUUCAUUCUUCCCGCGCCUCGAGGAGCUCCUGGGGGUUCUACUACAAAUAUGCCUACAUCAUGGCUCGACUGCAUGACUUCGUUGUGUAG